GUAGUGACGCAUCCGUCCGACAUAGACGAUCUCUGUGUCUGCAGUGAGUACGUUGAAGAAAGCGCUCCGCUCCCACUGGCCGCUCUGACCGAGGCAGCUACCGGGCGACUCUGUCCUGUCUUCCCCGCGGACCGCCGCGUCUCGAACACUCUGCUCGGCGCGCCACUCACGCUCUUCGCGUGCAGUCGUUUUAUGGUCGCACCGCCGCGACUUUUCUUCUCUUUGUGUUGAACUCGUAGCCGCCAGCCUCCGAGGCUAGCCGCUACAGAGCGCAGCCAGCUGGUCGGACCGCGGCGCAGGACGGACGUUAGCAAACCAGCUAAGUAGCCAGAAAGACUGAGCCUGGAUUAUCGUCUCGAACCGACGAGACAGAGACCGAGAGUCCGCGGAGUCCCCCCCUGCGGCAGACAUGAAGAUCACAGUGGACUUCGAGGAGUGCUUGAAGGACUCCCCCCGCUUCAGAGCCACCAUAGAGGAAGUGGAGGGGGAUGUGUGCGAGUUGGAAUCCAAGCUGGACAAAUUGGUGAAGUUGUGUAUCGGGAUGAUUGAUGCUGGAAAAGCCUACAAUGCAGCCAACAAGCAAUUUGUAAGUGGGAUCCGAGAGCUCGCGCAGCAGUCCACCAGAGACGAGGUCAUCGAGUCCAGUCUCACAAAGUUUGCCGAGAGCCUGCAGGAGAUGAUCAACUAUCACACGAUAUUAUUUGACCAGGCCCAGAGAUCGAUCAAGACCCAGCUUCAAACUUUUAUCAAAGAUGACCUGCGCAAGUUCAAAGAAGCCAAGAAGCAGUUUGAUAAAGUGAGCGAGGAGAAGGAUGCAGCUCUGAUAAAAAACGCCCAGGCACCUCGCAACAAGCAGCAUGAGGUGGAGGAAGCCACCAACAUCCUCACGGCCACACGCAAGUGCUUCCGACACAUCGUCCUCGACUACGUUUUACAGAUCAAUGUGCUACAAUCCAAGAGAAGAUCAGAAAUCCUGAAAUCAAUGCUGUCCUUCAUGUACGCCCACUUGACCUUCUUUCACCAAGGAUAUGACCUCUUCAGUGAACUACAACCUCUCAUGAAACAGCUUGGAGGACAGUUGGACCAGCUGGUGGUGGAUGCUGCCAAAGAGAAGAGGGACAUGGAGCAGAAACACUCCACCAUCCAGCAAAAGGCUGCUGUACAGGAUUUCUCGAAUGACGACACCAAGCUCGAGUACAAUGUGGACGCUGACAAUGGCAUUGCCAUGGAGGGUUAUCUGUUUAAGAGGGCCAGCAACGCCUUCAAGACAUGGAAUAGGCGUUGGUUUUCCAUCCAAAACAAUCAGCUAGUUUACCAGAAGAAAUUUAAGGACAACCCUACAGUGGUGGUAGAGGACCUCCGGCUAUGCACAGUCAAACACUGUGAAGACAUAGAGCGUCGCUUCUGUUUCGAAGUGGUGUCACCCACCAAGAGCUGUAUGAUGCAGGCAGACUCAGAGAAGCUGCGACUGGCCUGGAUCAAAGCCGUCCAGAACAGCAUUGCCACCGCCUUCCGCGACAAGGGAGAUGAAGACGAGAAGCUGGACAGGAAGUCGUCUACAUCGACGGGGAGUCUGGACUCCGGUGGGGAGCCAAAGGAGAGAUCGCUGAAAGGCGAGAGUGCCCUGCAGAAGGUCCUGGCCAUCCAGGGAAACGCCUGUUGCUGUGACUGCGGCCAGCCAGACCCUCGCUGGGCCAGCAUCAAUCUGGGCAUCACCCUGUGUAUACAGUGCUCUGGUAUUCACAGGAGUCUUGGAGUGCAUUUCUCCAAGGUUCGAUCUCUGACUUUGGAUACGUGGGAACCCGAACUACUUAAGUUGAUGUGUGAAUUGGGAAACGGAGAGAUCAACCAGAUCUAUGAGGCUCGGCGAGAGGAGCUGGGAGCCAGAAAACCACAGCCUGGAGACCCGAGACACGAGGUCGAGGCCUACAUCAAAGCCAAAUACGUUGACCGCCGGUUUGUGCGCCGGCCGUCCGAUGAGGAGCUUCGUAACAAAGUGAUUUCUCUGAGCAAACAGGAGAAGAGGCUGAGCAGCAGCUCUGAGCAUCUACCCCCGAGACCGCCUCCACCUACCCCCAAACUCCGACCAGGCUCAAACGCAUCUGGAAAGACAGUGAAAAGUGCAGACAGCGGCAUCCAGAACAGUGCUGACGGAAGCAGGGAAAUGCUGGCCAACACCCAAUCCAAUAACAGCCUGGCAGAAGCAGAGCCUGCCGAGCCUCCGCCCAUGGCCAUGCCUGCCACGCUGCCUCCGCCCUCUCCCUGUAAGGACAUGGUUUUCUACGAGCCCAAGGAGUACAGCCAGGGUCUGCAGCUCUACUGGGCCUCAUGCGCCCGCAGUCUGCCGGACAUGGCGGAGGCACUGGCCCACGGAGCCGAGGUCAACUGGGUCAACACUGAGGAUGAUAAGAGGACGCCGCUCAUCAUGGCGGUGCAGGGUGGGUCGCUGGUAGCCUGUGAGUUUUUGCUUCAAAAUGCGGCUAACGUGAACCAGCAGGACGCUCAGGGUCGAGGACCGCUGCACCACGCCACCAUGUUGGGACACACAGGGCAAGUGUGCUUGUUCUUAAAAAGAGGAGCGAAUCAAAACGCUGCAGACAUCGAUGAGAAAACGCCACUGACCAUAGCGGUGGAUGCAGCCAACGCAGACAUUGUCACACUGUUGCGACUGGCAAAGAUGAACGAGGAGAUGCGAGAGGCGGAGGGGCCCUACAGCCAGUCAGGAGAUGAAACCUACCAGGACAUUUUCCAGGACUUCACCCACAUGGCCUCCAACGACCCGGACAAGCUCAACCGCUACCAGCAGUACGACCCGCAGCGACCCUGACACUGCACCGUCCAGUAGCACUAAGAAAGACACUGUCUACACCGGCCUGGGAGGUCUCCGGGUCAUUUUCCCUCCAACAUCUGCAUUAAAGCCGGUUAGUGCCACCACAGCUGGACACACGUCACCAUGUCGUUCUGCAGCGGUGAACACAGCCUCUGUUGUACAAGUACUAGCACUUCACACAAAGUGAAGGGAACUUCUGUGAAAGGAAAACGUCACUCUUUUUAAACUUUAUUUUCUUUUUUUAAACUGUGCUUCUCAGUCGGGCCUAUUACACUAAGUGAUGGUACAGUUUUAAGCCUUUUAAAGGAUUUGUACAGAAAAGUGACAUCUCAGUCUGAAUGUUGAGCGCCGGCGAGGCCGUCAGUUUAAUCCUUCCUGUCACACUUCAUGACAAAAUACAAUUUCUCUUCUUUUUUCUUCUUUUUUUUUUUAAAUAUAAAAAAGUGUGUUGCAUCAGUUGUUAAGAGAGGUAAGUGCAGGACAGGCUGUUAAAUAAUUCAUUUCAAUUUUUAAGUACUUCCCCUUUCAAAUAGGAUUCUCUUUAUCAGUAUAGGCAUAAUUUCUUCUAUCAACGUUUUGUUUUAUGAACUCUCCGCCGCGUAUACAAGGCAAUAUGCUUUUCACUUGUUUCGCACAAAUCCCUUUGGCACCGAUGUUUACCAGUUUUGACGGUAGGACUAUGACGUGUCAUAAGAUGUACAGUGAUUAUAAAAGUAAGCAUUUUAUUGACGUCUUAAAAGUUGAGUAGAUUUAUUAUUAUUAUUUUUUUUAAUGAUUGUUAUUUUUGAAUGUUUCUUCUGAAUGAUUUUAAUUUCCCAUCCACGCUGUGGCCUCGUCAGCAGCUGUGGUGUGUGUCGGUGCUGCAAUCGGCACCUCGGCUUCCUGAUUUUGUGGAAUUUUUAAAAAAAAAGCUUUGCCCGUCAGAGGUGAUUGGUAAUUUGCAGAUUCAGUCUCAUGCUGAUAGAUUAAAAAGUUAAGAUCAAGAACUGUUCAUCACUCUGAGCCUAUAGAUUUUUAUGUAGAUAUUUUAUUCCCAUUGAUUUUUAGAAUUAUUGGUAAACAAAAAUAACAACCUAAAGUCCAGUAAAUGUGCCUUCAAUAUUAGAAAAUAAAAAAUUCCAGCGCACACCAGGAUUGACACGAUUAAUUUAAUAAACAUUUUACAAACGUAGGGUCUCUUGCUUCCUACUCCUGAUGUUUUGUAAAAGGUUUUGUAAAACAUUAUUUUGGAAUUUUAAAUUUUUCUUAUUGUGAUUGAUCCCAAGGAGAAAGCACUACUGUGCAAGGGUGGUUUUGAAAAUCUUUGUAAUCCUAAAGUGUACAGUCCUGGCUGAUUUUCCGACACCUGUGGUUACUGUGGCAACAGAAAGUGCAGCUCUUCAUGCUCACCGUGGCCCGUCUCAUUAUUCCCCUGCUAAAGUUCAAAAUGAUCCACUGACCGGAUGCAUUAUUGAUAAAUGCAAAUGUUAGUGACACAAAACAUCCUGUGACAGUUUAAGCUGCCACACGUCUGUUAACCCACUUGAAGUCUUUGAAUACGAAGCGUCAGCAGUAGGAAACGUUACAAACUGUGAAGCUGGAGUCCAUAAGGAAUCGUUUCCUGUGAGUCGGCAGUAAAGGCAGCUUGUGGAUCCUGACGCAAACAAUUAAAAUUAAUAUACAUCGAGGUAAAACUGAAUAUAAAUACAUUAAAUGGCUAUUGGGGGAAAAAAAUGUAAUCUUAUGCGUUGAGCCGUUCAAGACACAUUUGCAGAGUAACAUUUUAGUUUUGUCUCUAAUCAGACGCCAGACACCAAAUGUUUAACUUCAGAAAAGGAUUCCGUAAAUGUGGUAACAGAAGUGCUGCACUGUACUUUAGGACCUGUUGUUUUAUUCUUAAGUCUUCCUCUGUCCAAUCUUCUCCUCAGUAGCAUAUAAGGAUGUCACGUCAGUACCAGAGGAAAACCUUUGGCCAAAUGCAACAUGGGAUACAAUUCUUGUACAUUUUGUACAGAUGCUUUUGAAUAAUGCGGAGAACUUCAGUAUAACGUUAGAGGUACUUGAAUCAUUAAAUAGGCUUUUGUACAUGCUGUUCUUUGUAUCCUUCAGGAAUUUAGCGCAUUUUAUAUUGCCUGUCUGUAAACCAUUAUACAUGUACUAGAUAUUCUACCUGUAAUAUGUCAGGACUUCAAUACAUUUGGACUGAGGAUUCA